AAAAGAAGAAGUUUCGCUGCAACAUAAGAUGGCGGCCUGCUUAAACCUCGCACUUCGAGGUGCCUUUCUAUCACAGGGACGAAAUGUACCGGCCGUGUGGAUUCGAUUUGUUUGCAACCAUCCUCCGGAGAACAUGAAGACUGUGAUAUCAGAAUCUACGGAGGAAUACAAGUUCGUAGAGCGGCUCAUUCCGCCGUCCCGGGUGCCCUCACCGCCUAAACACGCUGGUCCAGCCCCGUCCGGCUGGACCCCUCCGGCGGACACCCCUCCGCCUCUGCCCUACAUGAUCCGCCGCUCCCGCAUGCACAACAUUCCGGUGUACACCGACCUGACCCACGGCAGCCGCAAGACAACGCUCGUAAGGAAAGUGGAGGGGGACAUUUGGGCUCUGGAGAAUGACGUGAAGCAGUAUCUGAAGGAGGUGGUGGGGAAGGAGCUGCCCACACAGGUCAACGAGGUCACCAUGACCUUGAAGGUCAAAGGUCACUUUGAUAGUGAGCUUAAACAAUGGCUGGCCAGCAAAGGCUUCUGAGGAGGAGGAGGAGGACUGUCCCAUCAUCAUGCUGAUCAGAGAGCUGUCCUGUGGACAUGGAGAGGACCGGCAUGUCAACACCUGGAGACAUGUCCUACAGAACUUCAAAAACCUAUUUCAAUACAGGAGGACGGACAGCAUUUGACUACUGCACCUUAUUUGACUUUCUUAGGACACCAGAGAGACAUUUAAUAUAUGGGAUUCAACUGUGUACAUACAUGUAAUGAAUGAAACAUUAAAUAUGAAAACAGA